UUUAACGUCAUCAAUAUGCGACCGAAAGCUAGCAAUUGCAAUGGCUGCUCCCAUUGGAAAGAAGCGUGGUCUCGAACAUUUGGACGAAUAUGAACCAAAAUUCGCGAAAAUUGGCAAAAGCAGCCUCCAUGAUCGCAUGGCGGAAAAAAGGCUCGUGGUCAUUCUGGAAGGAGCCUCGUUAGAAACAGUAAAGGUUGGAAAGACGUUUGAGUUGUUGAACUGUGAUCAACACAAAAAUAUGAUAAUCAAAUCUGGAAGGGACCCGGGACAUAUAAGACCCGACAUCGCACAUCAGUGUCUGCUCAUGCUGAUGGAUAGUCCUCUGAACAGGGCAGGCCUGCUCCAGGUUUACAUCCACACAGAGAAAAACGCUUUGAUAGAGAUCAACCCACAGACACGCAUCCCAAGAACCUUCACCCGCUUUUGUGGCCUGAUGGUUCAGCUGUUGCACAAACUGAGUGUCAGAGCUGCUGAUGGUUCUGCGAAGCUUUUGAAGUUGAUCAAAAAUCCGGUUUCAGACCACCUACCACCUGGUUGCCCCCGUAUUGCCACCUCAUUCUCUGCUGGGGAACCUGUCUGUCCCCGGACUUUGGUCCCAGAGGGCCCUGCUGCAGUAGUGAUCGGAGCAUUUGCACAUGGAUCGGUGAAUGUGGAUUACACAGAGAAGGCUGUAUCCUUAAGUAACUACCCCCUGUCUGCAGCGUUGACCUGUGCUAAAAUAUGCUCUGCCUUUGAGGAAGUCUGGGGUGUUGUGUGACAAGACAAUUGAGUCAAAAUAAACUGAUAAGCUGAUAUCUCCACGACAAAGAACAAAUGUAUAUGUGGAUCUUUAAUCAGCAAACCGGAUGUUCCAAAACGCUAUGUUCACAGCAUGUGAAUGACAACAUUUGGACUCUAUGUGGGUUAUCUGGUAGUUUUUAUAUCUUUUGUUGAAAUUUUAACGUGAAAGUCUUUUUGUAUAACAUUAUAAUAACGGCAGCAAAUUUUAUGYUUUUUCAAAGUAAAAUUUUGCUAAGUAAACAAA